AACCCUUUACUGGCUCUUGCUACGAAAUCCAAGUCACAACAAAAAAGGUGAAAGUUAUUUUGCUUCAUCUUGUUUAACAAAAAUUUUGUUGCCAGACAACUUUGUUACCUUCUCGUUGCGUGCCUUUUUGUUGAGAAAUAUUUGAAAAAAUGUGGCCAGAAAAUGUUGGAAUCCUUGCCAUUGAGGUGAUAUUUCCCUCACAAUAUGUCGACCAAACUGAAUUGGAAACAUUUGAUGGAGCAUCAGCUGGCAAAUACACUAUCGGUCUGGGACAGAGCAAAAUGGGAUUCUGUUCGGAUCGAGAAGAUGUUAAUUCUCUUUGUUUGACUGUUGUCAGUCGGAUUCUAGAGAAACAUCAUAUCAAACCAAGUGAGAUUGGUCGUUUGGAAGUUGGAACUGAGACUAUUAUUGAUAAAUCCAAAUCAGUCAAGUCGGUUCUGAUGCAAUUGUUUGCCGAUCAUGGAGCUACAGAUAUCGAAGGAAUUGAUACCACGAAUGCGUGUUAUGGAGGAACUGCAGCUCUCUUUAACUCUGUCAAUUGGAUAGAAUCAUCUAGUUGGGAUGGUAGACUUGCUCUAGCAGUUUGUGCAGAUAUUGCUGUAUAUGCUAAAGGAGCUGCACGACCAACAGGAGGUGCUGGAGCUAUUGCCAUGCUUAUUGGACCAAAUGCUCCUUUAGUUUUCGAUAGGGGUUUGAGAGCUACCCAUAUGGAACAUGCCUAUGACUUUUAUAAACCUGAUUUGAGUUCGGAAUAUCCAACUGUGGAUGGUAAACUAUCGAUUCAGUGCUAUUUGUCAGCUCUGGACACCUGUUAUCAACUGUAUCGUAAGAAAUUCCAAGCAAAGUAUCCUGACACAGCUAAAGUGGGUUUGGAGAACUUUGAUGCUCUACUAUUUCACACACCGUUUUGCAAAUUGGUUCAAAAAUCAGUCGCCAGAGUCGUUUUCAAUGACUAUCUACUUACACCUGAGGAUAAACGAUCAACUCUUUAUCCGGGAUUGGAUAAAUUCUCAAAUUCUACACUCGCUUCAACCUAUUUCGAUCGUGAUGUGGAGAAGACCUUUAUGACACAAUUUGCUGAUGUUUUUGAAAAGAAAACUAAAAAAUCUCUCCUGCUUGCCAGUCAAGUUGGUAAUAUGUACACACCAUCGGUGUAUUCAGGUCUAGUAUCACUGCUGGUCAGUGAGCAACCAGAUAGUUUAGUUGGAACUCGUAUUGGUCUGUUUUCAUAUGGAUCUGGUUUAGCUGCAUCGAUGUACUCAAUUUCAGUUACCAAAGAUGCUGAUUGUUUUAAGAAAUUCGUUUCAAAAUUGGACUAUGUCCUGCCAAUGUUGAAUUCUCGAGAGAAACUCUCACCGGAGGAAUUCUCACAGUUGAUGGAGAUUCGUGAGAAGAAUAAUCAUGCUGCUCCUUAUACACCAACUGGGAGUGUGGCUGUACUCUUCCCUGGAACUUAUUACCUCAAGGAAGUCGAUGAAUUACAUCGAAGGACGUACGAACGAGUACCAACAAUCUCUAAUGGAGUCCACUAAGUGGGGACUGCCGCUUUUAAUUAUCUUUUUUUUUUUUCUAUCCGAAUUAGAGAAAAUUCAUUGUAAUCGGAAUUCAGUUAUGAAUGUCAACUUUAAAUAAAUUUAAAUAAUAAUAUGGUAAAUGAAAAUCUCUGAGAUUUUUAACAGAAUUCCGGUUUACGAUGUGUUAUGUUAAUGAGGGUGAUUAUUUAUUAUUAAUUAAUUAAUUAUUACAAAAAAAAUCAUUUUCUUUAUUUAUUUUAAAGAAGAUCUUAAUUCUCUUGACAAUAAUUUAUUUUAAAAUUUAAUUUACACACAAAAUGCACGGUGCAAAGUUUAAUUAUUAUUAAAUUAAAAUAAAAAAUAUAAAUUGUUAUAAUUUUUUUGAAUGGGCGGGAAAAAAUUUAAAAAAAAAAAUAUAAUUAAAAUUUAAAAAAAAAAAACCGUUGUAUAUAAAAUGUGAAUGAAAAUUUUGAUACCUUGUAGUUAGGUAGAGAGCUCUUAAAAUAGUUAAACAAAAAAAAAUACAUUAAAAUAUAAAACAAAUAAUGAUGAUGGUGGAUAAAUGUAUAAAAUACAAAAAAAAAAUAAAAA